CAGAGGGCCUGCCACUGUGCCCUUCCAGGCCUGCCCCAGCUGGGCAGGAAGCAGAGGACCCAGCUUGGCUGGGGAACAGUGGGCAGGAGGCCCUGGGGUGGCCCAACCAGCCCUGGAUGCUGCCUCCGGGCUCUGUGUAGGGUACUUCCCGGCCCACACCCCUCUCUUAGGCCAAUCACAGAAAGAACAGGGCAGAAGCCAAGAGAGAAAAAGGAGGGGGCUGGGCAUAUCUGGUCAGAAGAGGGGAGGGACCCUACCAGCCUGGGGCCUGUAAGUAAUACAGAUAACAACGUCUCUACACUGGGGCCAGCAGCCCCGAUCCCUGAAGGGCUGGGUAGACUCAACACCCCAAGAGACGAACACAUGAGCUCCGGCUCCUGUAGAAAGACAACGGGGACGGGGAGAGGCUGGGACACGCUGGGACACGCCGGGCCCAGCUUCACCAAGCCCGGUCCUGCCAAUGACAAUGGAAUAGCAUCGAAUGGUCUGGAGCCAGCCCAGCCGGAUACGAAAGGCAAGAGGAUUCACCACAGCCUCGCGGAGAACGCUGGGAUCUCCGAGCGGCCCUGUCCCCAUGGACUCUGCCCCACUGAGGCCAGCCAGCGAGGAAAAUGCAGCGCGGUGAAGAAAACCAACAUCGCCGAAGAUUAUCAUUUUGAUGUAUUUCCUUCCUGUCCUUUAACAUCGAGGAACUCACACCAGGAAUAUUGUCUUCAAGGUUACUGUCUUCAAGAGGCUGCCACAGAGCUGGCGAGCGGGGGAUGGCCAAACCAGCCCCACCCAGACGAGGGCCACCCGCCGCCCCUUGAGGCUGUCCCCGUCCCCUGGAAGAGCGUGGGCCCCUGCAAAAGCCACAGGACGGAGUCCCCAAGAGGCCUGGCGGAGACCCCUGGAGGGGAGGAGGCCCAAGGUGAGGAGGGCCCUGCGGCCGCCCCGCUGGACGUGCUCCGCCUGCGAAGCUCUUCCAUGGAGAUCCGCGAGAAGGGCUCAGAGUUCCUGAAGGAGGAGCUUCACAAAGCCCAGAAGGAGCUGAAGCUGAAGGACGAGGAGUGUGAGCGGCUGUCCAGGGUGCGGGAGCAGCUGGAACGGGAGCUGGAGGAGCUGACAGCCAGCCUGUUUGAGGAGGCCCACAAGAUGGUGCGAGCAGCCAACAUGAAGCAGGCAGCGUCGGAAAAGCAGCUGAAGGAGGCGCGGGGCAAGAUCGACAUGCUGCAGGCAGAGGUGACAGCCUUGAAGACACUGGUCCUCACGUCCACACCGGCCUCUCCCAACCGCGAGCUCCACCCACAGCUGCUGAGCCCCACCAAGGCCGGGCCCCGCAAGGGCCACUUGCGCCAUAAGAGCACCAGCAGCACCCUCUGCCCCGCCGUGUGCCCCGCUGCCGGACAUACCCUCACCCCGGACAAGGAGGGCAAAGAGCCCGGGCUGGCCCCCCUCCUCUCCCUGCUCCUCUGCGUGGUCCCCAGCAAGGCUGUUCACCUCACCUACGAGCCGGCUUGGCAGCUCCUACCUGGGGAGCCGCCCACGGCCCCCACCUCCACCUCCGCUACCUGUCUCUCCUUUUCCCGACAGGUGGACACGACCCUGUUCGCAGAGUUCCAGGCCUGGAGGGAAUCCCCCACCCUGGACAAGUCCUGCCCCUUCCUUGAAAGGGUGUACCGGGAGGACGUGGGCCCCUGCCUGGACUUCACCAUGCAGGAGCUCUCGGCGCUGGUACGGGCCGCCGUGGAGGACAACACGCUCACCAUCGAGCCCGUGGCUUCGCAGACGCCGCCCACGGCGAAGGUGGCCGCGGUGGAGUGUGGCAGCACCAAUACCUGUGCCCUGAGCGGGCUGGCUCGUGCCUGUCGCCACCGAAUCCGGCUUGGGGACUCAGAGAAUCACUAUUACAUCUCACCGUCCUCCCGGGCCAGGAUCACCGCAGUGUGCAACUUCCUCACCUACAUCCGCUACAUCCAGCAAGGCCUGGUGCGGCAGGAAGCGGAGCCGAUGUUCUGGGAGAUCACGAGGCUGCGGAAGGAGAUGUCGCUGGCCAAGCUCGGCUUCUUUCCCCAGGAGGCCUAGGGCAUGGCCGGAGCCUGGAGGGGGGCUCUGAGCCACAGCCAACACCUGCCCCGGCACAGACAGACAGGAAGACAGGGUCCUGGCGCCAGCCCUGAGCCAGAAGCCGAGCAGAUGGACAGAUGGCCAGGCCAUGGAGGCCUUGCUGAGCCGGUACCAAAUCUUCAUCCCGGGAAAGACAGGACCUCAUGAGCUGACCCUUCGCCCUUCCCCAGUGGCCCUACAGCCACCAGGAGACUUUCAAGAAGGCACCAAAGACCAAGGAGCUUGGACCCACACUCAGGGGCUCAGCACCCCCUUUGCAGGCCUGGGAGCUGCUGCUUGCAGUCACCUUGUUGCUGUGAUGUCCUCAGAAAGGGCUCACACUGGGUGGCCUGACCUCCAGGGUAUCUCCCACCUCGGUUCCCAAGCCCUGGGCCACCAGCACCCCCGUGUGGCCAUCCCUCCCCCAUUCCCGUGGGGGCAGUGCAGCCACAAGGGGCUGUCAAGGACUUGCACACCAUCUGCUUGAGAACUACCCCAAACUGUUCUUAAGAUGGAUCAGGGCCCCUCCUCCCACCCUCGCACUUGACCUUCCCCCCCUCCUCCAUCUGAGCCUUGUGCUCCUGGAGGCCCUGCCCCCACCACUGGAAGGAUUAGGAUACUUUGCUCCCGAAGUAAAAUACAGACAGGGCCUCAGGACACCGUGUCUGUGUUCAGCUGUGGGUGGCCGUUCAGACAGUGGGGGCUGAGGUCGCCAAGCCCUGUACACAGGACCGGGGGAGGGUGGGCAGGACGCAGGCCCCUCCUCGCCCCUCACAGCCCACUCAGGACCGGGGUCCAACCUGGACACAUCCCUCACCGUGGCCGAUUUCCUCCUUUGAAUGGAAUGUAACACGAUCUCUAUUUAAUAAAGGAAGGCUUUGUUGGUA